AUGGCUUUAACUAGCGUGAAGAUGACAGAGGAAGUCUGGUUGGCAUGUAUGACCCAUGCAUUGUCCACCGAGACUGAAGAGAUCGUGGGUCUUCUUCUUGGUGACAUUCAGGCAAUUUUAAUACUGUCCAUCAUGUUCAGCAGGCAUAACACCCCCAUGAUGGUGGAACUUGAUUUAAAGCAUGUGAAAUUAUCAUUUUUAUUUGACCUCCUAGUACUUGACAAGAGUAAUGAUAGACCUGAGCAGUUUGAUUUCAAGAGUGGCUUCUUAGGGGCCAUUCAGGGCCACCUUAAUCAUUUGAGAAACGGUGAUGUGACUGCACUGAUAUGGGGAGCACUCCCACAACCACGUUCUGAUCGUCGGAAAGAUCGAGUAGAGAUCAAUCCAGAACAGUUGGUUGCUGCUUCUGCUCACGCUGAGAUAUCCUUUCCUACGAUGCUCACUUUCCUUUAA